GGGAGACAUGCACCCUGCAGCCCAGGGAGUGGACUUUGUCCUGGUGUUGUUACCGCAGGAAGAGACAGUACCUGUCCCUGUCCCCAGAUGUGCCAUGGCCGGGCUCCUGCUCCGUGUCCUGCUCAGCGCCACGCUGGCCAGUGUCCUGCUGCCCACAGACAGCGUGUUCCUCAGCCGCGACAGGGCCCACGGGGUUCUGCAGAGGCGACGCAGGGCCAACUCAUUCCUGGAGGAGAUGAAGAAAGGAAAUUUGGAGCGCGAAUGCUGGGAGGAGACCUGCUCCUACGAGGAGGCACGCGAGGUCUUCGAGAAUGAUGAGAAGACGAACGAAUUCUGGAGUGUGUACAUAGAUGGUGACCAGUGUGAGAGUGACCCCUGCCAGAACCACGGUCACUGCAAGGACGGGAUCGGCACCUACUCCUGCACCUGCCAGGAUGGCUUCGAGGGGAAAAACUGUGAGCUGUCCAAUCGCAAGUUCUGCAGCCUGGACAACGGUGGCUGUGAGCAGUUCUGCCGGGAGGAGCGCCAGGACGUGGUGUGCUCAUGUGCUCAUGGCUACAUACUCCAUGACAAUGGCCAGUCCUGCAUGGCCAUAGGUGACUUUCCCUGCGGGAAGUACACCAAGCACAGCAAAAAACGAUGGAGAAGGGAGGCUGACCUCAAUGCCACCCUCUCGCCCAUCCUGCCACCCACACAGGACCCUUCCUACCUGCUGAACCUCAACAAUACAGAAGACUCCCAGGAGGACUACAGCAGCCUGACCCGCAUCGUGGGUGGCCAGGAGUGUCCUGAUGGCGAGUGUCCCUGGCAGGCCCUGCUUGUCAAUGAGGACAAUGAGGGGUUCUGCGGGGGCACCAUCCUCAGUGAGUUCUAUGUGCUCACAGCCGCCCACUGUGUGCACCAGGCCAAGAGGUUCAAUGUGAGGGUAGGGGAGCGGGACAUGGAGAAGGAGGAGGGCAACGAGGAGGCCCACGAGGUAGAUGUGUUCGUGAAGCACAACAAGUUCGCCAAGGAGACGUACGACUUCGACAUCGCAGUCAUCAGGCUGAAGACGCCCAUCGUGUUCCGUGCCAAUGUGGCGCCCGCCUGCCUGCCUGAGAAGGACUGGGCAGAGGCCACGCUCAUGACCCAGAAGUCGGGCAGAGUUAGUGGUUUUGGCCGCACACACGAGAAAGGCCGCCAGUCUACCCGGCUCAAGAUGCUGGAGGUGCCCUACGUGGACCGCAACACCUGCAAGCUGUCCAGCAGUUUCACCAUCACGCCACACAUGUUCUGCGCCGGCUAUGAUGCCAGCUCUGAGGACGCCUGUCAGGGUGACAGCGGUGGCCCCCACGUCACUCGUUUCAAGGACACCUACUUCGUCACGGGCAUUGUCAGCUGGGGGGAGGGCUGUGCCCGCAAGGGCAAGUACGGGGUCUACACCAAGGUCACCCACUUCCUCAAGUGGAUCGAAAAGUCCAUGCGGGUUAUGGAGAGCUCAGGAGUGGGGCACACUGUGGAGCCCAGUCUGGCCCCCUCCCAAUAAUAAAGUCUCCAGUCAGA